CUGAAAUAUAACAGAUCCAGGAUAACAGAUCAUAUCAAGAAUUCUCAUCUCUCCAAAUCAGGAUGAAGGUGUGGAUAAUUUUAGCUUUAGUGGCUAUAAUGAUCCAUGAACAAGGAUGCAUCAGACGAGAAAACAUACAGUCACGAACAGAUUUGUAUGAAAGUGAUGCCAUUCGAAAUGUCACAUGUAAAUGGGCAUGCGAGGCCUCAAAGAAAUUCUGCCCACUGAAGCAUCGAGUGGAAACCUCAGCAAAUGUUUACAAGAAGAUUGCAUGUAAGUUAUGCAUACAAAAAGACAGUUGGCUGUUGACUGAACAAUUGUUGAACGACACAACUUAUGAAGCAGACGGUGGUGACUUUGAUGAAACAUAUUUCUGCUGUAAUAAGUGUAAACCUGCAAGAGCUGGAUCUAAAUUAAAAUGUAUAGAUUGUGAGUAUGUUGCAUGGCGGAGGGAUCCAAAUCCUCAGUUCAUCAAUCAGGCAGAGGACAAGCGUUAACUGGUUAUUGACAUAGGAGAGGGCUUAACAAAAGAGACACAAUUUGACAUUCAAUUUUUGACAGCUUUACCGUACCAAAGAUUUAUGGAUCUCUU